AUGAAGAAGAUUGACCAGACGUCUUUCAAAUGGUUUAAAAGCUCAAGUAACAAUAAGUCAAUCAAGGUUGUCACCCGCAGAUACCCGAUCGACGGUCACCUCGCUCACGCGUUUACAGGAGGAAGGAUGGCUCUAGACACCGAGCGGAAGGAGCUGCUGUUGAAAACGCUGAUGGAGCUGGGGGAGGAUGACUUCGAGUCCUUCAAGUUCUACACGGACCUGCCUCAAAGCGUACGUGAAAACCCCAGCCGGGUGUACAUUGCUGAGGAGCUGGUGAAGAAGCAUGGAAAGAACACUCUGGAGGAGACCAUCAAGAUUCUGCAGAAGAUCGGGAACAACAACUUGGCCGAGAUGCUGCGCAAUGACGUUCUGAAAGUACAAGGUCCAGUCUUCUCCGUCCAUGAUGGCGAUCAGCUUGCCAGAUUAAAGGGAGACCUGCAGGACAACCUGCAGAGAUUAUACAUCUUUGCUCCCGAAGGCAACACCGAGCACUGGGAGCAGCAGCCUCUGGCGGAUGUCUACACACAGCUGGACGUCACCUACGGGGCCGACAUCAGCCCCGACGAGCGGCACGAGGUCCUCCAGAUGGAGAUGCGUGCCCAAGCGGCUAAGAAGUCUAUCCUGCCGUGCGACAUCUUCAAAAGCCCUGAUGGAAAGCCGCGCCCCAUACGUACGCUGCUCACUGUCGGCUUUGCAGGAAUGGGGAAAACCUUCCUGGUGCAAAAGUUUGUGUGGGACUGGGCCAGCGGUAAUACCAACCUGGACAUGGACUUCAUAUUUCCCUUCACCUUCCGCGAAUUGAACAUGGACAAAGGGGAAAGCUUUACAUUGGGUGAGCUUAUCCGACGCUACGUCUGCGAGAGCAGGCACAUGAGCGAAGAGACGUUGAACAGUAUCCUUGCCGGCCUGCAGGAAUCCAGGAAGCGAGACUACGAAAGCAGUGACAUCAAGGUUUUGUUUGUCCUGGACGGACUGGACGAGUGCAACUUCAAAAUGGAAUUGAAGAACAGGGCGAAAGUGGACCUCGACGUGAAGAAGGCCUACCCGCUGCCGAUGCUCGUGGCGCACCUCAUCAAGAAGAACCUUCUUCCCUGCGCGCGGCUUUGGAUCACCACGCGGCCCGCGGCCGCACGCAUUAUCCCUUCCAACCUCAUUGACAGCAAAACAGAGGUGAGAGGAUUCAGCGAUUCCCAGAGGCUGGAGUACUUCAGGAAAAGGUUCCCAAAUGAGGAGCGAGUCAUCAGGCACAUCCAGAAAUGUCGCACCAUCUUCAUCAUGUGCCACAUGCCCAUCUUCUGUUGGCUCAUCGCCACAGUUCUUCAGGAUCAUUUGGACAAAGGGAUGGAGGGAGAACUUCCCACAACACUGACCAACAUGUACGUGUGGUUUGCACUUCACCACCUGGAAAACUCCAUGGAGAGACAGACGACAGAGUACAUCCAUUACGUGAAAGCGCUAGCAAAGCUGGCAUUUCACCACACAAUGAAUAAGCGUCAGAUCUUCUACGAGAAGGACCUGGUGGACAGUGGUUUUGAUUACAACCAAGCCGCAAAACACUGUGGUUUAUUUACAGAGGUCUUUAAGGAGGUCCGUCCACUCAGAAGCAACAAACAAAAGAUGUAUCAGUUUGUUCAUCUGACCAUCCAGGAGUUCCUGGCCGCACUGUACGUGAUGAUGAGCCUCUUCAACGACAACAAGAACGUACUAGCUGAUUCAAAAUGGACACCAAAAGGUUUUUCAAUGCCUUCUAAGCAGAAAACAAUCAUUGACGUCCACAAGUCAGCUCUCCAGAAAGCCUGUGAGAGUGAAGGAAACCUGGACCUUUUCCUCCGCUUCCUAAUUGGCCUUUCCUUGCAGUGCAACCAGGAACUAUUGGGGAAACUGCUGAAGGCUCCUCAGGACUGCGGACAAAGCAAGUCAAAGACAGUCAAGUUGAUCAAGAAAAUGAUGAAACAAAACACCCCUGAGAAGAACAUCAACUUGUUCUACUGCCUAAACGAGCUGAAGGACGACUCCUUACUUGAGCAGAUCCAGCUGGAACUACUUCCAAGAGACCGGUUCUUGCGGUGCAAAAAGCUGUCGUGGCGCAACAAGCCAAACGAAAUGUGGUCAGCCCUUGCCUUCUUCUUACUGACCUCCGAUGAAGCCAUGAAUAUCUUUGUCCUGGGGAAUUACUCCGCAUCGCCGUUAGGGCUCAAGAAGCUGCUGUCGGUGGUCAAGGCUUCUGAAAUUUCAUUUCUAAGUAAUUGUCACCUGGACAAAGGCAGCUGUCGCCUGCUGGCUUCCGUUCUCAGCUCUCCAUCCAACCUGAGGUUUCUGGACCUGAGCCGGAACAAUCUGACAGAUGAGGGGGUCGAGUUCCUCUCAGAGGGACUGGUUAGCCCACACUGCAUCUUACAAGUCCUCCAUCUAUCAGGCUGCAGGAUCACAAAGCGAGGAUGCAUUCCAUUGGCCGAGGCUCUCAAGUUAAAACCCUCCCAUCUUCAGGAGCUGGACCUGAGCUACAACAACCUGUCGGACGAGGGGGUGGAGAUCCUCUCAGAAGGACUGGCCAGCCCGCACUGCAUCUUAAAACGCCUUAAGCUGUCACGGUGUGAAAUCACGAAUAAAGGAUGCGUUUCAUUGGCCAAGGCUCUUAGGCUAAACCGCUCCCAUCUUCAAGAGCUGCACCUGUGGGGCAAUAAAAUGGGAAAAGGAGGGAAAAGGGUCUUAUUGGACCUCCAAAAAGAUCCCAGCUGUAGCCUCAAGACUAUCAACUUAAGUCUCCUUCAGAUUUUGUUCGUUCCCAUGUACUUUCCUGAGGAGCAACUCGACACCAACCUGCUGGUGACCUUCUACCGGUCAGCCAUUGAGAGCCUGCCGACCUAUGCUGUGUGA